AUGGCUCGGCCAGAAGACGCACCGCUGGACGGUCGCAGCGGGCAUGACGACAACUCCCCCACCAGCGACAAGCUGGAACAGGAUCCGGUCAAGCUGAAGGAUUACGAUGUCGAGGGCCAGGGCCGCCGCGGCUCGCAACACCGGGUUAUGGCUGUUGACUCUUCCUCGUCGACCACUGAAAGUGUCGGUCGCCAGAUCGAGAUGGAGUCGGAGAAUACAAUCAAGUAUCGGACUUGUAGUUGGCAAAAGACCGCCGCCCUGCUCUUCUCCGAGUAUAUUUGUUUGGCAAUUAUGUCUUUCCCGUGGUCGUAUUCUAUUUUAGGUCUCGUGCCGGGUUUGAUUCUGACCGUGGUCGUGGCGGCGAUCGUGCUGUACACUUCGCUGACUAUCUGGCGAUUCUGUCUGCGACACCCCGAAGUCCGCGAUGUUUGCGAUAUCGGUCAGUAUUUGUUCUGGGACUCCAAGAUCGCUUGGUGGGGAACCGCGGUGAUGUUCCUCUUGAACAACACCUUCAUCCAGGGCUUGCACUGUGUGGUGGGCUCUCAGUAUCUCAACACCAUGUCGGGUGGUGCAGUGUGCACGGUGGUCUUCUCACUGAUUGUUGCCAUCAUUUCUUGGGUCUUCUCGCUACCGCGCACUUUCAACACUCUGUCUCAGGUCGCGACUUUCUCGGCCUUCUUCACCUUUGUCUCGGUCCUUCUUGCGGUGAUCUUUGCUGCAAUUGAGGACCACCCUGCGAAGUGGAGCCCAAAGACCGGAGAUCCGAUCGUCCUGGCCGUUCCCGCCGCGGGCACCACCUUUGUGCAGGGACUCAACGCCUUCCUCAACAUUAGCUACACCUUCAUCGGUCAGAUCACCCUGCCCAGCUUCAUUGCGGAGAUGAAGGAGCCUCGCGACUUCUGGAAGUCUGUCACCGCUGUGACGAUCGCCGAGAUCAUUGUGUUCAGUUUGGUUGGCGCCAUUGUCUACGCCUACACCGGCAACCAGUACAUGACGACGCCUGCAUUCGGCUCGAUUAGCGAUGACGUGUACAAGAAGGUUUCCUUCUCGUUCAUGAUUCCGACCAUCAUUUUCCUGGGCGUGCUUUACGCCUCUGUGUCGGCUCGCUUCAUUUUCUUCCGCUUGUUUGAGGGUACUCGCCACAAGGGGAACAACACCGUUGUGGGUUGGGUCUCCUGGGGCGCCAUCUUGGCGGCCCUGUGGGUUCUCGCCUGGGUGAUUGCCGAGGUGAUUCCUUUCUUCUCAGACUUGCUGUCCAUCAUGAGUUCUCUGUUCGAUUCCUUCUUUGGAUUCAUUUUCUGGGGUGUGGCCUAUAUCCGCAUGCGCAGCGCCGACCACGGGCCGGACUUUUACAAGAAGCGCGGUCUUCGUGGCUGGCUGGGAUUCCUCCUGAACGUCUCCUUGAUCUUUGUUGGUCUGUUCUUCUUGGGACCUGGAACCUACGCUGCUGUCAUGUCCGUGGUGACAAGCUAUCGAACAGGCGACGUCCGCGGGGUUUUUACCUGCAAAAGCAACGAACUGUAA